AACUUAUUCUUUGGAACAGAAGAGUCAUUGAGGGACGAUUUGAUACGAAGGCCUCUCAUCACUUCAACAUAUCCAGUGCUAUAAGCCAUUAUUUAACUCACUCACACUACUUCCCAGAGGACCCACAACAUAGUAACCUUUGGAUUUUGGACCCUUUCUCUGUGUAUCCUGCUUCAGAAGACAUGGCUCUGUCCACUGUGUUGGAAAAUGAACUGAUGGAAGUAUCAGCAGACAGCAGCCUGAAGCUUCAGCUCACACAAGUUGACCUGGCUUCAUUCUGGGUAGUCAAUAUCCCUCUCUGUCAAAAUGGGCAAUCAAAUUUCUGUUGCAUUUCACCACCACCUAUUUAUGUGAGCCAGGGUUUUCCAUUGUGACUGUCACAAAAUCAAAGGCAAGGAGCAAACUGAAAGCAACUUUGAAUGCUACUCUGCGUGUCAGCCUCUCACCCAUCCCACCACGACCUGACCUCGUUAUUUCCCAGAAGCAAGCCCAAGUAUCUCACUGAGGCCCCAUGACUGUGCGAAAAGGAAAGCGUCUAGGCAUCUCCAUCCAGGAGCACAUGGCCAUCGACGUCUGUCCGGGCCCCAUCCGCCCCAUCCGUCAAAUCUCUGCCUACUUCCCCCGCCUCUCACCCACUUCCUCCUUCUCAGAGCCGCUCUCGCCCAAUCAGCCGGGGGCUCCCACCACACUCAGCCCCGGCAGCACAAGCCAAGGUGGAGGGGCCACUGGAGGUGGAGGAGGAGGUGGAGGAAGCAGCGGCCUGUUGUCACCGCUGUUACCAGGGGCGGCGGGCGGAGGGGGUUCACUGUCAGCCAUGAGCAGCAUGGACACCUCCAUCGAGAUCGACAGCUGUGACAGCGAUGAUAACACCUCCUUGGGGACAUUAGAGUUUGACCUACUGUACGAGAAAGCCACCAGCUCCUUACACUGCACAGUCCUGAGAGCAAAGGGUCUGAAACCGAUGGAUUUCAACGGUUUGGCUGAUCCCUAUGUCAAGCUGCACCUGCUGCCAGGAGCCUGCAAGGCCAAUAAACUGAAAACCAAGACUGUUCGCAACACUCUGAACCCUGUGUGGAAUGAGACACUCACCUACUGUGGAAUCACUGAGGAAGACAUGUACCGCAAAACACUCCGGGUGUCCGUGUGCGACGAAGACAAGCUGACACAUAAUGAGUUCAUUGGGGAGUCGCGGGUGGCCCUGCGCCGUGUGAAGCCUGACCAGACCAAACACUUCAACAUCUGUCUGGAGCAUCCACCACCUCUGCCUUCACCGACUGCAAUGAGCACAGCACUGAGAGGAAUCUCCUGCUACCUGAGAGAGUGGGAGACUGAGCAGCAGAGAAGUCUAGAGGAGAGAGGCCGUUUGCUGCUCUGCCUGCAGUACCUUCCCCCGGCUGGUGAUGGUAAUGUGAAGGGCGAGAGCAAGGAGAGGGCUCGUGGUGGGCUGUGUGUGGGCGUCAAAAGAUGCGCUCACCUGGCAGCCAUGGAUGUAAAUGGCUACUCCGACCCCUACGUUAAAACGUACCUCAAGCCAGACGUUCACAAGAAAUCCAAGCACAAAACAGCGGUCAUAAAAAAGACUCUGAACCCAGAGUUUAAUGAGGAGUUCUUCUAUGAAAUCUCCUUCUCAGAGUUAGCCACCAAGACGCUAGAGGUCACAGUGUGGGACUACGACCUGGGAAAGUCCAAUGACUUCAUAGGAGGUGUAUCCUUAGGGUGUCACUCACAGGGAGAAACUCUGCAGCACUGGAUAGACUGUCUGAAGAACAAAGGCAAGAAGGUGGAGCGCUGGCACACGCUCACCAACGAGCUGCCAGGAUCCACGCUGCAGGAAUGAACUGCACCUCUGCCACUGUACUGACACUGGUGAGAGACGGCCUGAAGACUCGGGACGAGAGACGCUUCAUCGCAUGCUCUGAGGAUUUUCUGCAUGACUAUGAAGGAUUCAUAUCCUACUUACUUUGUGUCAUAAAUGAGUUCAUAAUUCAUAACAAUACCCAAAGGGGUCACAUUCAGAGAUCAAUACUGUAAUCUUGGAUCUAAAUAGGCCUGAUGCAAAUCUGGGGAAACCAUCCCCACCACAAAGCUAACAGUGUAAGAAUUUUCAUAAUCAUAUUCAUAGGGAUCCAUGUCCCUUUUGUAGAUUUAAUAUCAAUCUAAAUGCUCCUCUGCACUGCUCUAAACUGGUCAAAGCUCAAUCAACAAGAAAAAUUGAAGUCAUGCAAGAAAAUAUAAUGAGGGAGAAAGUUGAAUUAUCCCGCAGUUCACCUCUCAUGUCGGCCCUCAUGUCAGGUUUGCUUGCUUUUAUUAAAUUUGGCCUGUUAUUUUAAUUAACCGCUGACAUUAAAGAUCCACCGUUACAACCAUCUGUCUCACCAGGCACAUACCUCUCCCUUGCAAUAAUGUUUUGCCUAAUGCUUCCGAAGAUUUCUAAGUGGUCUUAAUACCGUCAGACAUUUUGUAUCUAUUGAUCUGAUUGCCACUGGAUUGCCUGCAGACAGCACAACCUAAUAAGAUAAUUGGUUCUUCCAUGUUAAUGGUUUGUGUCAGUGAUUUGCAUGUGUGGUGUUGUUGGAGCAAACUUAAAAUUCAAAUAUGUGCCACGCUCUGCUGCAGGAUGAGGUGUUCAUCAUUGUGUUGUUCCCAGUUCCCCUGAGAUGUGAUGCUCUGAUUAACUAAAGAUAUAUUUUUUAUUUAUUUUUUUUAUGCUGUUCACAGUUGUUUUGAUGUAUCAGCUCAAAUAUCACUGUGCCAGUUUCUUGUUGAAGACACGUUGUUGUUAACCUGAUUUUGCUCCUUAAUUUGUAUGGAUGAGAACAGUGAGAAGUUUCGGAGUAGGUUGUUUUCAGGAGGGCCGUGCAUGGUCGUACUCUGACACAACGGUAAAUGAAACCAUCCGACUUUGUUUCUGAAUUACAAAUAUGAAUGGUGUAAAGAGUGCAGUGUUGUCUGUUGACUCUCCAUAGCUGCUGCUUUAUUUAUGGACUGCAUUAAACAAAGUGCAGGUUUUAUCUGUGCUCAGUCCCAUGUGGUAAAAGAGGCAUGCUGAAAAAUACCAGUGGUGUGCAUAUGUAAAUAUAUAUUGUGUUUCAAUUGCAUUGACUAUUUGUCUUUUGGAAGUGUGCAUGAUUUUUUUUUUCAUAAAACAUUCAUAUUGAUUUAUUGUGUGCAUCCCUGAAUUUUUGUUGUAUUUGCUCCAAGAUCCCAAAAGCAGCCUCCCUGAAGCAGCUUCUUUGAAGAUGUUUACACUCAGCCCAGUGGCCUUCUAAUAAAGCCAAUACUGCCACCUAGCUGCUGGGAUUUGCAACUGCAGCCUCUUCUCUGACAGUAAUAUGAGCAACAGUGAUCGAUAAAUGUGUCCAAAGA